GGGUACGCCCCGGCGGUUUUGUUAGGUUGGUCCGGCUGUGGCGCCGGUCCGACCAAUAUGGUGGCGCUCCCUUCCCCCCCCCCCCCCUCCCCCCGGCUCGGCGGGUUUCCCAGCCAUCCUGUCGGCACGACGGGUGAGUUCCAUUCUCAGCCGUGGCCGCUCAGCCAUUACUGUAAAUCGCACUGAAAUCACAUUGUAAGCUACCCGCACCCCAAACACUUUUGUCCCGCUGUAUUUCCAUUGGUAAUUCUGACAUUGAUUGACGACGUUGCCAUGGCGACGGCGCGCGUCGACCAAUGAGCGGCCGGCUGGCGGACGAGGAUGAUAGGUGGUGUUGCUGGCGACUGGCUGACUCCGCCCCCUGGCUGUCGGCUAAUCUGCCGGUGUGAAUGGGAGAUCAUUACGGCCGACGCCAGCCAGUGAGCGCCGGCCGGGCGGCGGCAGUGAUCCGGCGGGCGGGCGGACGCGCGGUGGCUCGAUCCUGCGUCUCACGCGGCCGGCCAGUGGUGCUAUGGCCGCUCUUCAGGGAGGCGGCGGUGCGCCGCUCGUGCCCACGCCGCUGAUGGCGCUGCCCAGUAUCAGCUUCACGGCCGGUCAGGUGGCCGCCGUCUGCGAGACUCUGGAGGAGAGCGGCGACAUCGCGCGACUGGAGCGCUUCCUCUGGUCGCUGCCGGUCGCGCACGCCAACGUCGCCCAGCUGUACAAGUGUGAGCCGUUCCUACGAGCCAAGGCGCUGGUCGCCUACCACAACUGCAACUACCGCGAGCUCUACCAGAUCCUGGAGAGCAACAAGUUCUCCAAGGGAUCGCACCAGAAGCUGCAAGCCAUGUGGCUGGAGGCGCACUACGCGGAGGCCGAAAAGCUGCGCGGCCGGGCGCUCGGACCUGUCGAUAAAUACCGGGUGCGUAAAAAGUUCCCCAUGCCUCGGACAAUAUGGGACGGUGAGCAGAAGACGCACUGUUUCAAGGAGCGGACGCGGAGUCUGCUGCGCGAGUGGUACCUGCAGGACCCGUAUCCGAACCCGACCAAGAAGCGCGAGCUGGCGCAGGCCACGGGACUCACGGCCACCCAGGUGGGCAACUGGUUCAAGAACCGCAGGCAACGAGACCGCGCCGCCGCCGCCAAAAACAAGAUGAACAGUCAGCAGUACAAGGCGGCUCGUGUGCCGGGCCGGGCCGAGUCCACCGCCUCCGGCGACGAGGCCGGCGGCUCUGGCGACGAGGCGGCCGCGUCCCGGCUGCGGUCCGAGUCCCCGUCGUCACCGGCAGCCGCCGACGCGCCGUCCGACGACGACCUGGACAUCACGGAGCGCUCAGAGCGCGCCUCGCCCGAGGCCGGCUCGCCGCGCAGCUCUCCGGAACUGAACGUGGGGGGCUCGCCGGCCGCCAGCCGCGCCGCCGAGUCGCCGCCCGUCUCCAAGGCGGCGCCGUCGGACGUGCCGGCCGCGCUGACGCUGCCGCGGUUCCCGUACCCGGCCAUCUCGCUGGCACACCACUUCCCGUUCGCGCCGUCCGUGCUCGGUCUGGGCAGCUCUGCGGCCGGCUCGCUGGGCCUGCCGGCGCCGCUGCCGUUCCAUCCCCAGCUCGGGCUGCUGUCUCACCACCUCCUGUUCCCGCCGGGCCACCACUUUCCACCGCCGCCGCCGCCGCCAGGCGCGCCCCACGAGCCCCGGUCGUGACCUAGCUGCUGGUAAAGCUGGUGUGCCUCAGGGCAGCAGCAGACAGCAGAGGCAGCGGCGCCGCAGCGGAUGGCACUCGAGCUGGCUGACGGUGCCAGCUUCCCAUCCCGGCGGGCAUCUCUCAAAGACGCGGUCUUCGAAAAAGCGGAGAGGAAAGAGAAAGAAAGAGAGAGGGAGAGAGAGAGAGAGAAAGAGAGAGAGAGAGUAUGAGAGAGAAUGAGGUAGGGAGAGAGAGAGAGAGAAAAAUGAGGUAGCUGGCUCUAUUUGUAAUAAGUAUGCAUGUAUCGAAAUGUCAGUUAUGUUCUUGUGCAGUGUGAGUGGUAGCGAGCAAUGAGCAUGUCUGAAAGGGACACCGCGAUAAGAGAUAAUUUAGUUUGGAUGGAGCUUAUUAAAAAUUAGAUAUUAACUGUUUUGGCAUAGCUCCAGUGCCGAAGGGCCGGUACUCAGUUAUAUGGGGCCGUUUUGUUGACAGAACCAGCCGUGAGUUGACAGAAUGGUGAGCAGACGAUCGUCGGCGAUCCACUGUCUGUUUGAGCCGGGGAUGAAAGAGAACCAGGUGGCAAUCGUGCGGCUGGGCAGAGCUGGCCAACGCCUCAUUCGAUGAAUUAUUAUUCACUUUGCAAAAAUUGAUGCCAACACAAGGUGCAAUUGUGACAGAAGGUGACGGAUGCUGGUGCUGCCGCCAUCUGUUCGGCCCAUCCGCCGUCCGAUUGAUUGGCUUUUACAACCCUCUUUGGUCCCGUUCUGUUCAGCUCCCGUGCAGCCGUGUUACGUGCGUUUUCAUGUGAUAACUAGUUGUGAGUGUGUGCGAUUGUGUGUAAUAGCUUACCGGACGCGCCUCGCAGCAACAUAGACCCCGUAAAGAUCUCCCCUUGUCAGUCACUUUUCCGGUGCGUGUGUCACAUUAAUUAAUUUCAAUGUCCUCUGCUAUGCUGCUCGUCUAUGCCUGCCAUUAUUUUUACAUCUUUUUUGCCGAGAUAUUCCUUUUCUGUCUCGGGUAUAUUUUUUCCAUUAGGUGUGACGUUAGCCUAAGAAGAAAGGUUACGUUUUGCUAAGCUCCCGAUGCACCGUUGUCGUAGUCUUCCCUAUGCAAAUGUAAGUCUGAGUUCGAGAGUGGUAACGUCUUCCAUGACUUCUCGCAUCAAGUUCCUUUCUGUCCUAACGUCCAUGUCACAAUUGUGGCUAAUGAACAGAAUUAUGUUGAAAUAUAGUUACUAACUGUACUCUCAGUGGCGAGUUGUAGGCGGAUAAUGCCGGUCGUAAUGUCCUAUCAGACCGAGUUUUCGCCAGCAGUUGACUAGUCGCUCGCUUCUAGCGUGGACACUCACUGCUUCGCCAGUGACAAUAGUCUCUACACAUUGAAGCUAGGGCUGGCCAGUUCCUUUCUCAGUUCCUGUAACUCUGUGCCUGUAUUUCUGAUAUCUAUAAUUUGACUAAAUCCGCGAUGGAUUAGACAUGUUAGAUGUGCGCGACUUCUGCAUGACUGAGCGACUGUUUGUGGUUAAUUCGUUGUGUUAUCAGUUCCUAUAUUGGCGGCGAUGGUUGUUAGGUGGGCCCACGGGCGGACCCUGAGUGUCGCCGGGCCGGUGGUAGCCGGCGUCGCGCCCCCUCCCCCCUCACUAGUCGCCUCCCGGCACUCGCACCUGCGCGCCGCACCGCCGCCCGCGCCGCGACGGACUCCAUGUUGUGAGGUGUAUUUAUGUAACGGUACAGCGCCGCCCACAGGCGCGCCAGACCGAAACGAUGUACAUACAUACAUGCAUACGUGCAGAAACUGUGGCUGCAUAUAGCCGUCGACAUAGGCAUAGCUAUCAAUGACAAUAUACUGCUAAACUGGGA